AUGAGCGCGGAAGCAGCUGGCAAGGCCAAGUACUUUUCAAAGGCCGACACGGACGCAAGCGGCAAGCGGCAGCGGCUGCUCAAGGGAGUGGAGGGUUCGACGGUGGUUGUUUCUCCUGGAACCUUUGUGCCUUCGGAUCAUUUCUACGAGCGGACGCUCAAUGCCGUCCCACAUCCGCUGGUCUCGUACUUUUUCAACAUGACAAAGGAGCAGAUUGCUGCUCGCUACUCGCACCUCCAUCCCGAGGUUGAUGAGGAUGCGCUCAAGCAGGUGCUCAACUACGAGCCGCAGCUCCUGCCGUGGGCGGGGACGGAUCUGUUCAACGUGACCAACGCCGAGGGUGUUCGGCGGAUGUGCGUGGUGGAGACCAACUCGAGCCCGUCGGGGCAAAAGUCGAUGCCGCCGCUCAACGACUCGAUCGAGCACGGGGCGUACGCGACGCACAUGCAGACGGCGUUCAAAACGGCCGAAGCCGGGUCGUCCGAGCGGGUGCCCGGCGGCCGGCUGGCGGUCCUGUUUGACAAGAACUACAUGGAGGCGUCGGGCUAUGCCAAGACGAUGGCCGACGUCUUUGACGAGGAGGUCUUCCUUGUCGAGUACCACUACAACGACGACGAGCCCGCGGUCAAGUUUGAGGACUCGGUCAUGUAUGUGCUCUCGCCCGAGGGCGAGUGGGUGGCAAUCCGGGCGUGCAUGCGGUACGUGACUCAGAAGCCAUGGUGCGCGCUGCCGGUGACUCCGAUCAAGACGGUGAUCAUGAACUCUGUGGCGGCGUGCCUCGCAGGAGGGCGCAACAAGCUUGUGGCGUCCAAGGCGUACAAGCUCCUCUCUGCGCAGCUUUCGGACUCUGGUCUCCGGAUUCUGGCGCCGUACACGGUCAACGAUGUGCAGCUUGCGUCGGUCCCGCUGUACGUGGCAUCGCUCGGCGGAGUGGCGGUGGUCAAGUCGCCGUAUGGCAACGCCGGAGCCGGGGUGUGGUGCAUCACUUCGCCGCGCGAGCUCGCGGAGUUUAUGGAGGAUGCCAAGAGCCUUCCGUACGACGUGUUCAUUGUGCAGGGCCUGGUGGGCGGGGCUAACUGGUCGUCGCACACACCGGGCGCCGGGCGGCUGUACCACGUGGGCAUGAUGCCGACGAAGAAGGGCAAGACGUUUGUGGCGGACCUGCGGUUCAUGGUGGGCAACGUGCCCGGCCGUGGGCUUGCGCCGCUGGCCAUGUACGCGCGGCGUGCGCGCGAGCCGCUGCCGCGUGCCAUCGACGACGGGCUCGACUCCUGGGCGUGCCUCGGGACGAACCUCUCUACCUCGCUCUCUUCGACCGACUCGUCGCGCCUCAUCCUUUGCGACCGGCGGCAGUUUGCGCAGCUUGGCAUCGGGCUUGACGACCUCAUUGCCGGCUUCGUGCAGUCGGUCAUGGCUGUCAUGGCCAUCGACGUCAUGGCGCUCCGGGUCACCGGCGCCAAGGAGUCGACUGACUCGUCGAUGGAGACACCUGCCGCCGAGCUUGAGGAGCUGCGCAAGUCGGACGACGAGCGCGGCUUUGACGUCGACCUCUUCUACUCGCUCUGCGCCGAUGCUCCGCUGUUGGAGGAGAUCUGCGUCGGCAUCGAGAGGGUCGACCCCGAGUUUGCCGCCGACAUCCGCGCCCGCUACAACCUCGAAACCAUCGUCGACCACGACCCGAUGACCAGCGCGACGCCAACAGCUCCAGACGCGACCGAGUAA